UGGCUUCUAGCUUGUGGUAGCUUUGAGUAACUAAUUAGCCAGACGCUUCGAUUGUGUUCAGCUCGUACUGUUGGUGCCUGAAACAAUGUCGUCUAUUGUGCAUCGGAUGCGGGUGGCAGAACUGCGAGCCGAGCUGGACGAUCGAGGUCUGCUGACCACCGGAAAGAAAUCCAUUCUGGUUCAGAGAUUGCUGGACGACAUGGAGAGAGAAAACCUGGGUCCAACUCAACCUUCAGCAAACGACUCUGCCGAACCCACCGUGGAUACAUGCGAGGUGCUCGCCGAUCCCCCGGUCACCUUGGAUCCGACUGGUAUUCGCGAACUUAUUCGGGCUGAAGUUCGUUCUGCCAUCACAGACGAGAUUGGAGCCUCUCUUCUGUCGCAGCCAAGUGCGGCACCAGCGCCCCCAGCUGCGUCAUCCGACAUUGGCAUGAGUGCUGCGUGCUCUACACCGCCUCACGCUGGAAAUCUGCACGUCCCAAAGUCGGCGCAGGAUAGGAUAUUGCGAGCAGUACGACUGUACAAUCGUGUACAACACCGUUUAGCCCUGGAUGUUCUGUAAGCAAGGGUAUGCUCUGUUUUUUUUUUGGAGAAGAAAGUAGUGUGAUUCCCGAGAAUUUCGAGGUAUAGAAGUCAAUAAAUUUAUCUUGUUCUCUUCAAAAACAUACAUGUCUAUUCCCACUAGUUUAUCCAGUGGUUUUUGAGGUUGUAUAGCACGUUUAGGACCUCUGGCACAUGAUAUGAU